GGCGGCGGCCAUGGCGGAGCCGCGGGUUCUGGUGAUCGAUGGCCGUGGGCACCUCCUGGGCCGGCUGGCGGCGAUCGUGGCCAAGCAGGUGCUGCUGGGCCGCCGCGUGGUCGUGGUUCGCUGUGAGGGCAUCAACAUCUCCGGCAACUUCUACCGCAACAAGCGUGAGUUUGGGGGGGAAAAUCCCGGUUUUGAGGGGAAAAUUCCGAAAACCAAGCGGGGUCAGGCGGCCCUGGAGAGGCUCAAGGUGUUCGAUGGGAUCCCCCCGCCCUACGACAAGAGGAAACGGAUGGUGGUGCCGGCUGCCCUCAAGAUCAUCCGGCUCAAACCCACACGGAAGUUUGCCGUACUGGGCCGGCUGGCACACGAGGUGGGCUGGAAGUACCGGGACGUGACCCAGGCCCUGGAGGAGAAGAGGAAGGAAAAGGCCAAGAUCCGAUACAACAAAAAGAGGAAGAUGAUGGUGAGGGGAAAAAAAAAAAACAACAAAAAAUCGAAANGGAAAGCGGCGCCGUUCACGGCCGUGCUCAGACAGCACGGGCUGCUGCUCUAAUAAACCCAAACUGGGACGGACUGGGAC